UGACCUUUCCACUGUUCAUCACUGGAUGUCUGCUCUGUUCGUGGAAGAACUUCUCCCUUUCUUUCUCAUAUGCAAUCCUCAACGGUUCCUCGCCGGCAAAAUUUCGCAGGAGCUGAAACGGCCGGAGACUGCCGUGAACUCACCGGUAGAUGAUGCGCUGCUGGUCAGUCGGGGAUCUAAUUACGCAGUGGAUUCGCGACUACGACCGGCUUCAAUCCGUCGCCGUGAUUCUCCUCUACAUUCAGAUUGCGUGCGCGCUCGUCGGAUCACUCGGAGCACAGUACAAUGGAGUGCUGCUUAUCAACUUGUCGAUUGCACUCUUCGCGCUGGUGGCGAUCGAGAGUAGCAGUCAGAGCCUCGGGAGGACCUAUGCGGUGCUUCUCUUCUGCGCCAUUUUGCUAGAUGUCUCCUGGUUCAUUCUUUUCACUCACGCUAUCUGGUUCAUUUCCUCCGAAACUCAUGGAGAGUUAUUUAUCUUUUCAGUAAAACUUACUCUUGCAAUGCAAAUUGUUGGCUUUACUGUGAGGCUAGCAUCCUCGUUCUUAUGGAUUCAGAUCUACAGACUGGGGGUCUCGGAUUCAGACACAGCACCUCCUAGGGAAUCAGAUUUUGAUUUGAGACACAGAUUUUUAAAUCCGGUCACUCCUGCUCCAAUCAGACAAUCCUCAGAUUCUGAUGUGGUCUUGGGGGGAACCAUUUUUGAUCCACCUUAUUAUUCGUCACUUUUUGAAGAUAGUCCAAACAUCAAAAACUCGCCUGGGGGCAGUAAUAAUUGCCCCGCUGGUGAUGGGUCUGCUUCAACAGCCGAAGCAUCUCGGAUGAAGUCAUCUGUUCUCAGAUCCUUCGAGGCAAUAGAUGUUGAGAGCACAGAAAAGAAGUCUCCAGACGAUGAUGCAGCAAGCUAGCCUGGGAACGUCCAGCUUGUCACAUGAAAUUCCUAUUUUCCCACCCUCCGCAUCUUCGAGCUUUCCCAUACUGGUCCAGAAGUCAUUCAGGAGCGACGUGAUUGACCUUGUACAGUUACCAAUCUCGAGAAGUCAUUCGGGAGCGAAGUGAUUGACCUUGUACAGUUACCAAUCUCGACUCUUGGGGUCGUUGGGGUCAUUGUUAUUGGUAAAAAAGAGGUUGAGGAGAUAAAAGGAUGGAUCACGUAGACUUGUCCCGUAAGUCGGACAAUUAAGGUCAAGUUUGAAGUAACAGUGCGGAGUCAGUUUCUAUGGAAAAUGAAGGGAAAGGAUUGAAGUAACACGCGGGGUCAGUUUCUACAAAGCUGCUUCCUCUACUCCAUGGAAAACUCGAAUUGACAGUUCUGCCGAUCUCACAGCCCGGAUCGGAUGCCGCAUCAUGCCCGCACUGCCUCCAGCUUUCUUACCAGUACCAACGGAGAUCAUCCGCUGGUGCAUAACUUGGAUGAGAGAGCCUCCAAACUGAAAUUCCUUUCUUGUUUUCUCGCUGCUGGUAGUCUGUAAGUAGUAUAUUCAACAGCUGCCUCAAUUAGUUAAUCUCUUAAAUUUGUAUUAUUAUUAUUAUUAUUAUUAUUAUUAUUAUAUUAAUGCAUAUGCUAAUGUCAUGGAUUUAUAUAUUUAUAUACAUA